AUGUCUACAAAGUCGAACCAAAGCAGUUCGUUACAACAACAGCAGCAGCAGCAGAAUUCACCAAGCAUUCCAACUGAAACUACAAAAGCCAUUUUUUCCAACACUAUGUUUUCUCAAACCCAGCCAAGCUUUGGCACCAAGAUUGACUACUCACAAGCACUGGCAUUUAACGCUCCAUCGUCGAGCCAUACUAUUCACUACCCACAACAAUAUUCACAAAUCCACCAACAAUACCAACAGUACCAACAAUUGCAACAACCACUUUUUCCCUUACAAGGAUCAGGAUCACAAUCACAAGCACAAUCACAAGCACAGUCACAAGCACAAGUACAAACACAAGCACCAGCAUCAAAUAACUUGUACAAUGCGCAAUUCUACCACAACGAUAACUACCUUCUUCAAGGAUCGCCUGCUUUGCAACUGAAUCCUUCCUAUGGACAAUUCCCUAGUGCUGUUGCACCUUCUCAAACUACACAGCAUAAUGAUAUCGGUCUUCAACCACUGCAAAGUACAUCAUCAAUAUCAAUAGAGAGACCAUAUGCAAUGACUUCAAUCACGCUUGACCAAACAGCCAAUUCUAUGCACUCUUUACCUCCAAUUGUCCCCUUUCAAGGAUUAGCCUCUAUACUGCACCCACAGCAACAACAACUGCAACAACUGCAACUGCAGCAAGAACAUAAUCAAUAUCAAAUGACAAAACACUCAAAUUCCUCACCCUCGAUCCCCGUUGCUUAUUACUCAAGAGGCAUAGAUGGCCAAUACUCAAACAUCUAUGACUCUACAAGGUACUCAGCAUCCACCACCCACAAUACAAACACAAUGGGUGGAAACGGUGGGGUGAAUUUGAUCAAUGAUGGUGGUUUUGAGCCAAAGAAGAAUCGAAAACGACGCCAAGCUACAUCCACCUUACAUUCAAUGACCCCAGAAACAGCAGAAAGAAACAGAUGUCGUCUUUGUGGCAAGCAAUUCAGGCGGCCUUCAUCGCUACAAACCCACUACUAUUCUCAUACAGGUGAAAAAAUAUUCAAAUGUCCUUGGAAAGAAUGUGGUAAAUUGUUUUCCGUGAAAUCCAACAUGACUAGGCACUAUAAAUUGCAUGAGCGCGAUUUGCAAAGAGCUCAUGAAUUCAAAUUACAAAGCCAGAAUCCACAACUUAUGAACCAUUUGGAAGUACACAGCAACACCCCCAACCGAGGUGUUGCUGGAACUAAUACUGUUGGUAAUGCAGUAUCUACAGGAUCUGAUAUCGCAGUCGGUGGACUAUUACAUUCAUACCCUUUGCAGCAGCAAAUUCAGCACCAACAGCAACACCACCAACAAAACCAACAGCAACAAAACCAGCAGCAACAACAUCAUCUAUAUCCAUCUUAUGCUCAAAUCCAAAACCCCACAGGUCAUUCUUUAGAUAAUGUGCAACAAAGAAACUCACUUCCUUAA